UUAGAAUACAUUGCUUUGUUUUAAUGCAAAUGGGCUUUAGGUUGUCACUAUACCAGAGAGACAAGAAUCAUUCAUAUUCUGCGAGGAGGUCUUAGCUAAGAGUCAAGACCAUGGCUAAUAUGGAUGUCAGGGUUAAACCUGGGAUACUGGACUUGGGAUCAGUAAGUUAUGGCUUCGACCUGUGUUUUUUUAGACGAUUCUUUCGACUGACAAAGGUGAUGUUCCCUCAAGUAAAGGCAUCAUCCGUUCUACUGUUUUUUGCCUUACUACUUGUGUGCUUGCUUGAGCAAGUUAUAAUUGCUAGUGUUGGUGUCAUACCCAGCAAGUUUUACAAGGUGUUGGGAGACAAAGAUGCGACUGGAUUCAAACACGAGAUUAUCAUGGCUUCCAUUCUCAUCAUUUCAAUUGCAUUUGUUAAAAGUACACACCAGUACAUGGCUUCCUUGCUGUAUGUAUUUUGGAGAAAACUUAUCACGAAAUACAUCCAUAAGCUUUACUUCAGAGAUAUUCUCUAUUACAAAGUCAACAUUCUCACAAAAGGCAUAGACAAUCCGGAUCAGAGAAUCACUCAAGAUGUGGACCGAUUCUGUCUCAAUCUCAGCCAGAUAGCACCAUUGAUUAUCAUAUCGCCGUUUACCAUUGUGUAUUAUGUCUACCAGGCAUGGAUGAGUACUGGUUACAUUGGACCAGUCAGUGUCUUCAUAUUCUUUAUUGUCAUCACGAUAAUCAACAAGUUCCUGAUGUCUACAGUGGUCAAGUUUUAUAUGCAACAAGAAAGAUAUGAAGGAGAUUUCAGGUUUAAACACAUGCAGCUGAGAGUGAAUGCUGAAUCGGUAGCUUUCUAUCGAUCGGGGAGGUUGGAAUGGGAUAAAACGAACAAGAAACUAAACACCUUGCUGAACACACAACAGAAACUUGUCCUUAAGGAAUAUGCCUUGAAUUUCUCGAUAAAUAUGAGUGACUAUGUUGGAAGUAUUCUAAGUUAUCUGGUGCUAGCCGUGCCGAUAUUCGCUGGUGCUUACGACUCACUGUCGCCAUCGGAUCUGAGUGCUUUGAUUAGCCAAAAUGCUUUUGUGUGCAUAUACUUGAUUAGCUGCUUCACCAAACUCAUCGAUUCUUCGGUGCAAGUGACAGAUAUUGUUGGAACAACUCACCGUAUAGUCCAACUGGUCGAAGCAUUAGAUCACUACGCUUCUCUUCAGAAGGAUGACGGCCUGGAGGACAGUACUUUGGUAUUCACCUCAGGAAACGAGAUGGAAUCUGAAAGCCGUGGAACUGCCGUCACAUUUUGCUCCAGUGCUAGUAAACCGGAUGUCAAUUAUGUGUACGAUCUCAACAACGUCUCCUAUGCUCUUCCAUCCGGAGAUGUCAUGUUAAAGAAUUUAACAAUGCAGAUUCUGCCAGGGGUCAAUGUCCUUAUCACAGGUGACAGUGGAUGUGGGAAAAGUUCUCUCCUGCGUGUGCUACACAAACUAUGGCCAAUUCUAUCUGGGUCAAUUGAGGUGAAUGUACAACCUGGACCAGUUGGUGCUAUCUAUUUACCUCAGAAACCAUUCUUUACAAAUGGGACUCUUAGAGAACAAAUCAUGUACCCUUACAAACUGGUGAAUUCACCUGCCAUGUCUAAUGUGGAUCAUAAGUUACAACAGUAUUUAGAGCUGGCAGAUCUAAAUAGCGUGUACUACAGACUGGGAGGUCUUGACAUGAAGGAUGAUAUCAACUGGUAUGACGUCCUCUCUCCAGGAGAAAUGCAACGACUAUCGUUUGUUCGUCUCUUCUUCCACCAACCAAAGUUUGCUGUUCUUGACGAAGCUACAAGUGCCAUUGGACUAACUGCCGAAAGAGCAAUGUACGAAAAAUGUCAUGAGUUUGGAAUCACUGUUAUAAGUGUCGGCCAUAGAGACUCGCUAAAAGCUUACCAUGACUGUCAGCUUCAUCUUGACGGAAAGGGAGGAUGGACAUUAAAUGAUAUUGUUCAUAUAAAUCAAUGAGGAGAAUAAAGCAAACAGCAAGCUUGACGUUCUCAGAACAUGUGAAAAAAAGCUAAAGUUUAUCGUAAUGUUACCUUAGGGGCCAAAUCAGUUGUUUGAGCUUCUGUAAACCUCUUUAUUUUUGCUAGCCUAACAUUUUCACAACUUUAGGGGCACAAAUAUGUUCAACUUAAUGGUUUUUUUCAUUGAAAAGUGCACCCAUUCGCAGAAAUAGAUGGCAGUAAAACGAUGGUCUUUGGCGGCAUGAAACCCCCUAGACCCGAGGUGUCGAUAAACAGUUAUUGUACAGGGUCAUUGAAUUCAUCUCGAUUUAUAGUUACUGAUACUUUAAAAAAUUCUGCAAGAAUUGCUCAAGUUGUUUUUAUGUUUGUUCGUGCUGAAUGAGUAGGGCCUACUUUCAGAAUAUGUUUUGUUUAUCUAUAGGAUAGUUCCAAAAUGUACCUGUUGAGAUGUGGGUAGGUGGUAUUUUGCUUGCUUUGGAUUCUAUUUUGAUUGCUUUAGGGCCGGCUUCAGUCUUGCAUGAGAAGAAGAUAUCCGCCUCACAUAUAUUUUCGAUUGUAAGACUGUUAUAACAGUACAUAGCUACUAGUACCUCUUACAUGUUUUUUGUGUUUCAAUUAUUGUUGCCAAUGACCCGUAUCCAUUCGAAAUAGAUGAUACAGUGGUCUUCCAAAUGUGGUAUUGUCAUUGUUGGGGAUGUCAUGUCUCAAGGAGAUUUCUUUUGAUACGGCUAUUGAAUUCUGUAACAAAUGUGAAUAAAAUUAGGUUUUUAGAGAUUCCUUUGCAUUUACUAUCACGGUGUCCGAUCAGUGACAAUUUACUUUAUUCGUACCCAAUGUCGCUCAUGCGAAACUACUUUUGGUUGUCGUGCUGGCAGUUAAUCUAUCUGGCAAAUAGAAGGGUUGACUGGUGAGUACAUAAUACGCUGUUGCCCCUGCUGCCUGCCGCUGCCUGAAAAACUGCGAAAGCAAUCACUAGCGAUGCAUAAGCGAAAUCACGUACAAAUAAUAAUAAUUUUGUCUUUGACAGGAGACCAUGAAAAUGUUAAUUUCAAAUAAUGCUUUCACGCCAGUGAUUGUAAAAUGUUGUAAACUGAAAUCAAAGCUUUACGGGAGAAAUUAUUUGUUUUCAUCUUAUUUAUGUUUCAAGAAUCUUGAUUCACUAA